CAUAUCUAUCUCAGAUCUACGAGCUCAUCUCCAGGAUGUCUGUCAAGGUAGCGUGUCACUGCGGAGCAUUCAAGCAUGACCUGGAGAUCACCACAGAUAUCCCACACGAAGACACAUUCUGCUGCUGCGACUCGUGUCGUCGACGAACUGGUCAACUGGGUCUCUUUCCGUUCCCCGCCUCCGCAUCAGACUCUGAGCUCGUCACCAAAUCCUCUCUCAAGCGAUACGACACCCAGCCUGGGACUGGAAACACUGUGAGCUCCUUCUACUGCGGACAAUGCGGAUCCAAGGUCUUCAUCCAGACUGUCGGGCCGGACCAAGAAUUCAAAGGUGGAGGCUGGAUGCUGGGAUGUUUCGACAAGAUGGAAUUGAACGACAAGUGCCUGAUCGAUAUUCACGGAUUCAGUUUCGCAGACGAGACUAUUGACGGUGGAGCAGCUGCUUUCUGGACUCAAGUCAAUGGCAAACCGCUGAAGAGCUAUGUCGGUUGUGAAGCUGAAUGGAAGGCCCCUGCAGAAGCAGGAAGAGACGACAGUGAAUACCUCAAUCUGCAUUGCAGAUGCGGAGGCUUUGACGUGCAUGUGUCUCGACCGAAUCCGGAACUCCCACUACCCAAACCAUGCUGGUGGUAUCUUCCGCCAAAGACUGAAGCGGGAAUUCCUCAGCGAUACAUGGCGAGCUGGUGCGCAUGCAAAGACUGUCGAGGCGCUACUGGAUCUUGCCUCCCCGCUCAUCCAUGGGUUCAAAUUCCAUUCGUGGACAUCCACACAGCGACCAGCAAAGACGCCCCUCUUCUGCCCGCUGAAACCAAAAUGACAACCAAGACUGAUUUGCCCGGUUGCACUCGAUACGAAUCUUCAAAAGGCAUCGCGAGAUACUUCUGUUCCACCUGCGGAGCGACAGUCCUCUACUUUGAUGCGGACAGGGACUUUAUCGGAGCGUGGGCCGUCGGUCUCAUCGACUCGAAGGAGGGUUCUCUUGCGCCGAGCUGGUUAUUCUGGUGGACUGGUCGUGAUGGGCAUCCGAAUCCCCCGAUCCACUGCAAAGAGACUGGCGAUGCAUUCUGGGGAAAAGGUAUAAUGUCGGACUUUGAAAGCGGAUGGAUCGAAUGGGGCAAGAAAGUCGGUCAGAGGACGUAAAGUGAAGUUGAGUCAGUCUUGCAAAGUUCAGUCAAUCCAGCGGUCCCGUUACCGAUCUGAAAGAGGUUUCCGUCACGUACAAGUUAGCAUGCAUCAUAGUUUGUCGCC